UUAAAUAGCUUAGUGUGUGUGUGUGUGUGUGUGUGUGUGCGCGCGCGCGCGCGCGCGCGUGUGUGUGUGCGCGCGCGCGCGCGCCACACUUGUUUAAUGACUGGAAUUGUCAUUUAAUCUGCAUCAGUCACCUGAGCCAAAGCUGCUGCUGCUGGAGCUGAUCCUCCCAACACGUGUAACCAGGCAACACCAAACAAACGCAAAGCUUAGUCUGCUCCAGGACGGUGAUAGCUGUGCAUCACUGAUGCUGCCUUUAUUUGAAUCUGCUUAAAUCUACUCAUCAGCUCAAGUUUUUCUGUCGUUUACCUGUAAUUUAAUGGUCACAGAAACAUGAGCUCUGAGGUUUUAGUGUCACGGCCACAAUAUGACAGCAGAGCUGUGGCUCUGGGGGUCCCGGAAAAGGAUCUUCCUGCAGAGCCGGAGGUCCCUGAGCCGUCCUCUGGCUCAGCCACCGCGGGGUACCGCUCCGCUAAAUACACCCCGGCCGAGUGGUUCUCCAACUACCACACCAUCCUCCAACAGGCCGGCACCGACCGCCACGAAGCUUGGAGCAUCCAGCGAGAGUCCAAAACUCUGUACCAGGACACCGAGGCAGCCACUUUGAAAACCCAGGCAGAGGGGACGCGUCUCCUGGGGGGGAGACUACAAGAAAUUCACUACUGGAAGUCAGAGCUGCAGCGGCACAUUGAGCAGCUGCUGGCCGACACCGAGUCACUGCUGGCGCUGAAGACGCGGCUGGAGAAGGCGCUGGACGCUACCGAGACUCCAUACGCCAUCACCACCGAUAAUCUGAACUGCAGGGCAAAAAGACUGGGUCCAGACCUAGUCAGAGACUCUGUGGAGGAGGAGCUGUUAAAGGAAGUGGAGUUGAUCAGAAGUGUCCAGGCUCUCCUGAAGAGAACCACAGCUCAGGUUGUCACUCAGAUCAGGAUGAACAGAGAGGCCAAGAAGGUGCUAGAGUUGGACUGGUCUGAUAAGUACCAGGCAUACAACUUUGACGACCUCUCUGGCAGAUACAGUAACAUGAGUCCAGAUGCACGGCACCACCCGAGCUCAGCCACCAUGCAGGACCAGGUGUGUAACCUCACCUCGUGGACAAAGUUCACACAGGACAACCUGAGCAAGGCUUUGCAGGAGGAACAGGCCACCAACAGUCUCAGAAUGCUGGUGGAGCGAGUGCUGCUUGACACCACUGAGGAUCUGAGAGUCCAGUGCUCCAGUGUGGACCGAGCCUUCAGUCAGCGCUGUGUGGAACUGAUAGAGGCCAAGACUCAGCUGGAGAUGAAGCAUGCACAGGUCCUGGAGCAGAUUGGGGCCCAGGAGAGGAAUAUUGUGGCUCUGCAGCAGGCCAUCCACAACAAAGGGGCUCCACUGAGAGUAGCCCAGUCCAGACUUUACGUUCGUUCCCUCAGACCCAACAUGGAGCUCUGCAGAGAUGUACCCCAGCUCAGUUUGGAAGGGGAGGUGAAGCAGAUUGAUGCCACUCUGGCAUCUCUGCACCAGCAGCUGAGCAAGGCCAGAGGCUCCCUGUCCCACCUGGAGGAGUCACGCAUGGCCAUUGAAAAGGACAUAAACUGUAAAACCCACUCACUUUUCAUCGAGAGAGACAAAUGCAUGACCCACCGUAAACAAUACCCAACCAUCUGCACACUGUCAGGAUACUGAAAAGAAAGUCAACAACUCUGAGUGAUCGUUAGCAAUCCUGAAUUAUUUGUUCUCUUUGUUGUGCUGUAUUGUUUGAAUCAAUAAAAUUCUCAUUGAUGAGGAAAGCCUGAAUUCAAUGGUAUAAAAGAUAUUUUGAUAGGUACAGAUUUUUUUAACUUUAACACAUUUAACUAAAAAUAUGGGCAGCACAGC